UUUCAAACCUCUCGUCAACGUAGAUCAUACUGACACAUGCGCAAAUUUGACGCUUCCUAGAGUUAUGUUGUGAUGAUUCGAGUUAGAAUGAAUGUAUUUGCACCUUUAGACUGAAGUAAUCUAUGUCACUAAAAGUAGAAAUUAGACGGAGUCGCACAGGUGCAGGUGGUAAAAAAUUAUCGCACAACAAUCAACAAUGAGUAACUACACACGAAUGUCACCACCAUCCUCUCCAACAGCAUCCACAUUCAGAAAUGGAGAUGCAGCCCAAAACAAACAAGAGGCCAGACUGACAGCAACCGCCAAACGACACAAAUAUCUCCGACGGAUAUUUAAAUUCAAACAGAUGGACUUUGAGUAUGCUGUAUGGCAAAUGAUUUAUCUCUUCAUAUCACCUCAGAAAGUAUACAGAAAUUUUCAGUACAGAAAAUACACAAAAGAUCAAUGGGCCAGAGAUGAUCCAGCAUUUUUAGUUUUGCUUAGCUUCUGGUUAGUGGUUUCUUCCAUUGGAUUUUCUUUCACGCUUGGCAUCCAUUUUACUGGUUUCUUGAAACUAAUCCUGUGGGUGGUGUUUGUGGAUUGCAUAGGAGUAGGGUUGCUCAUAGCAACAGUCUUCUGGUUUUUCGCCAAUAAAUACAUGAUACUGGCACCACCCCGGGGACAGGACGUAGAGUGGGGAUAUGCCUUUGAUGUCCACUUGAAUGCUUUCUUUCCUUUGCUUAUGAUUCUCCAUUUAUUUCAACUGGUUUUUCUUGGUUUAAUUAAUGGAGAUGGUUAUGUGGGGCUCUUGUUUGGAAACACUCUGUGGCUGGUGGCCUUGAGCUAUUACAUUUACAUAACCUUCCUGGGAUACAGUGCACUGCCAUAUUUGAAGAACACUAGGAACCUGUUGUUUCCCUGCAUUGCUGUCAUAUUAGUAUAUGUGUUGUCAUUAAUAUUUCACUGGAAUUUCAGCAAAGGACUUUGCAACUUUUAUAAAUUUCGAGUCAUGUAGUGCUUUGCCAUAAUCCAAACUGACUUGAUUUGUGAGAUAAACCUUGCUUACCCAGUGGUUUGUCUCCCCUUGGAUUUUUACCUGUUUGUACCAGUGAUUUCUGUGGUACAUAAAAGAGGUGAAAAGUUGAAAGACAUGGGAUCAUAUCCGUGUAGAUUACAGAUGUCCAAGCAUCUGUUUUAAUCAUGUGAUCUGUAUGUAUUUGCUUGUUUUGUAACGUGGCUGUUUGUUAACCUAAUAUUUAUUGACUUCUAUGUGGUUUUAUCACAAUAUUCAUCAUUGUUAGGAAGUUGCUAAAUAUGACGAGUUACAGGAAAAUGAUAAACAUUAUCACCAUCACCACUUCACCUGCACUGUGACUAUGAUGUAAUGAUGAUAGAAAUAUAUCUAUAUAGGUUGAAAAUAAAUGACAAGACAAUCUUGAUCCAAAGUAAAUUGCUUACAUAGUUUCAGGCAACAUCGUCGGAUACCCACGGCUGAUCUCGUCUUCUACUCGAGAUGAGAUCAACCGUGCGUAUCCGAUGAUUGGGAACAACAGCUGGAUACAUUUGCAGCUAAGCUGUUCCUACUUUGGAUUCAUUUAAUCAAUACAAGUAAAUUUUAUUAACAAUAAGAAAGACAAUAAUAGUACAGUAUUUAUUUGAUGCCAGCAAAAACAUUAAGCAAAUAUGUCCUUCACAUUUGUAAAUUUUGUCAAUUAUGCUGUUUAAGAAGUUGAAUGUUUAUGGCAGAAAGAUAAAUGUGUAGUAGUUAAGGCUAUAUGGACUGUGGACCCAGUUGCAAAAAAAUUAAAAAUGACAGUUAA